UUUGUAUAUAUACUGAUAAAACUUUAAUAAAUAUAUUUUAUGCAAAAAUUUAUUUCCAUUUAUUUGUUUAAAAGUUGGCUAAGUAGAACAAGUCACGAUGUUAAAAUGACAAAAAUGAAUGGUAAUCAAUCAAAAAAUGAUUUUUAGUAAUCAUUCUGAAAUCAUCUUGACGUCAUUUUGAUGAUUUUAUUUUGCUUGGAUAUUUAACUGAAACUAUUGUAAAAUAGAGUUGCAUUUCAGCUGAAUAGAUUCAAUUUUUUCUUUGUAGUUAAUUUCAGAGCUAAAAUCUGGAUACUUACAAUCAAAAUUUGUUGUCAUUAAUUCGAAAAAAAGAAUAAUUAUAAAAAGUUUGCAAUUUUUUAAUUUCUAUUAUAAUAUAAUUAAUUGAUAUUGCAGAGCCAAAACAAUUCUAGAAUAUAUUUCUAAACAUAAAUAUAUAGACUUAAAUAAUUAUAGGCAUUUUUAUUCCUAUAUAUCGAUAUAUGUAUACCUACCGCAGAUAUACCUACUAACCUACUGUUUUAUCAAAUUGUUUUCGCCAAUUGUUGCAAGAGGCCAUCGCAAUCGCUUGUAAGGCGCGCGCUCUGACGUCGCAGACAGUGUAUUAAAUUCAAAUUGUACGCACGAAGCUACCCGUGACCGUUAAAAGUCCAGUGACGACGCGAAGAAAUGUAAACUCGGUAAACUCUGCCAGUGGUAGAUGAGCGUAGCUGUCAUGAUUAACGCGUGUGAGCGAUUCGGAAAUAACAGUAAAGCAAGGAGAAACCGAAGUGAUAUUCGUUCGUGAUCCUUACUGCAAUUACUGAAAAUUAGGAUUCUCUAAAAGCACAACAGUUUCUUCUGCAAACGUGAACGUUCCUGUCUCCGUAUAAAGGACGUAACCCUUCUGGAUCUGAUUCUAUUUGAUUCGAUCUGUCUGUCACGACGCGGGGAUGAAGAAGAAUGUCUUGAAACAUUAAUCUCAAAAAAGCUUCUGAAAUCUCACUUCAGGUAAAUGCCAACUGUUGCUGUUAAAGAGAUUUAGCUAAACGAGAAGAAUCAUGGAAUUGGAAAGCAAUGAAAGAUCACGAUACGAACGAUACAAGAAGGCAUCGGAGAUCUGCGAGAAGUCUCGCGGAAAGCCCAAGUAUUUCUGCGAUCCGGACGAGAGAUCACGGAAGCUGGAUGCAAGCGUCAAACAAAGGGAUAAGUUGGCGCAGGAAUUAGUGGCUGUGAGAUCAGAUUUGGCUGGCAUUAGAAGAAGUUUGGCUGAAGCUGCAGAAACUGAAGCUGCAUCAGGAUCAGGAGCUGCAGGAGAAUCUCCAUAUUUUGAAUAUAAGUUUCCUAAGCAUAUGCAGUCGGAGAAGUUUUUCAAGGAGAAGAUGGAGCUGGAAUCAAAGUUGGAUGAGAAAAAGAAGGAAGUGCAAGAAAAACAAAAGAAGAUACUUGAAUUACAAGAUAAGGUCAGGGGGUUCUCUCAGAUGGAAUCUCGGGUAGAGGAAAAAACACGUAGACUGGAAACUUCCAACAAGGAGAGGGACAUGCUCGAGAAAGAACUGAUAGCCACGAGAUCUGAAUUGGCAGGCAUUAAAAGGACAUUAGAACUGGAGCGACAAGAGAGGAGAGAUUUAGAAACUCGUGCGCUUGGAUUAAUAAGAGAUGCUAAACGCAAAUGGGAGAUUGCAGAGAAAGAGAAAAUUGCACAAUUAAAUAAGCACAUUGAAGCACAAACAACAAAGAUUACAGAACUAUGUACAAGUAAUAAUGAAAUGAGUUCACGUCUGCAGAGAACAGAAUGCGAACUGCAAACUGCAAAUGCAGAAUUGGACAAAUUGCGCGUAUUUCAAACACAAUACAAGGAAUCCUUGGCAAAGACACGUGAAUUAAGCAGGCAAAGUUUUCAAGGUGUAGAAAUUAAGUUAGAGGAGAUGGCCACACGUGCUCACACUCAAUUGGCUGAUUUACGAGCAAAAUUGGACUUUGAAACAGCAAAGAAUACAGAUCUCGAAACUAGGCUACGAAAUGAACAGGAUUCGAAUCAUUGUCGUGAGUCAAGAUUAAAUGUUGCUUUAGAACUUGCUCAAAACGAAUUGCGAGACUGUCAGGAACAAUUACGCGCUAUACAAGCUACGUUACCAGUAAGGGAUACCGAAAUCGAAACUUUACGUAAACAACUACAAGAAAGAGCAAGACAGAUAGACGAUCUAAAAGUUUCAGAGCAAUUGCUUACAACGAUGCAAGAGCAAUUGGAUAGAAUGAAUCUUGAAAAUGAACAGUUAAAGCAACAAUUGCAAGUCACCAAAUCCGAUUUAAACGAAACCAUGAUGAAUUUGGAGCAAAGCGAGGCGCUUGCUGUUAAUUUAGAGCAAGCGGCACAGGAUAAAGCAACUUUACAGAAGAGAUUACAGGAUUCUUUGGAAAAGGAAGAGGAGCAAAUGCGUAAAGUUUGCAAUUUAGAAGAAUUGUUAAAACGUUUGGAAUAUAGUGUUACAAAAUUGGAAGCAGAGAAUGCUUCUCUUAAACAAUUGGAUGAGGUACCAGCUGCAGCUCGCACACCAAUUAUUGAAGCCACCGGUACAAAAGUAUUUCAUGAACAAAAAGAAGUAGAAAAACUAAAGCAGCAACUUCAAACGUUAAAAGAAGAAAUAAAAGCCGAAAAACAAACAGCGAAGCAAGCCGAGUUGGCUUUAUGGAAAAAAGAGAAAGAGUUAAAAGAUGCUGAUUUAGAUAAACGUAUAGCUGUGAGAGAAGCUAAGCGAGCUGAGGAUAAAAUAAAAACGCUACAAGAAGAAAAACAAAAGUUACAAGAGAAAUUAAGCGGUAAAGCAAAAGAGGAAGAAGAAAAUUCUAAAAAAUUAUUGAAAGAAUUAAAUAUCGCGAAGACAUCAUUGAAUGAUAUUACAAAAGAGGCAUCUAGGAAUAAGAUGCAAGCUGACUCAGCACAAAGGGCUUUAACUCAAGCUAAUCGUCAGAUUGAGGAACUACAAUCUUCUAGCGCAUCUUUACGUAGAGAAUUAGAUGCUGUUCGUAAGCAAAUGCGAUCGAAUCAAGAACGCAUUGAUUCUGUAAAUGCCGAGAAUAGGCGUUUGAUACAGACAGUAGCCAAGCAUAACGAAGAGAAAACUGAACUUGAGUCUAAAAUUGCAAAAUUAGAGCAAGAUAUCAAAGGCUACGAAUUAAAUAUUGAGUUACUGAAGGAGACUUGUACAGUCUUAGAGGAGCAAUUAACGGACUACGAAAGAUUAACAAGUGACCAUGAAACGCGCGAGAAUAUGCUGAUUCAGGAUAAAAUGAAGUUACAGAAAGAUUUGGAAGCUGCCGAGACAAAAGUGCGUGAAGCGCAUAUUGCACAAAACGAGGAGAAAACGCGAAGAAUAGUGGCUGAACGUAACGUCGAACAACUGGAAUCUGAAACGAGUGAUAUAGAAAGCGAAAGAAAUAGCCUUGUCAUUCAAAGAGAUCAGUAUAAGAAACUUGCUCAAGAUCUCGUUGUGCAAGUAGAAGAUUUGAGUACAAGGUGUGAUGAAAUGGAAUGCGACCUUUCUGAAAAAAAUCACGCUUUAGAAGCUGCUAAAGAAGAUUUGACAAACGUGAAAAAUGAAAGAAGCAAAUACUUAACGAAUAUGUACGAAUUAGAAAAGGCAAAUUCCGAGCUUGAGGCUAAGUUGCAGAGUAGUAUAGAUCAGGGUCAAGAACUGAGGUCAAGAAUAGUAGAGUUGCAAGACGUAUUAGAAGAAAUGAGACAAUUCUAUCAGGAAAGAGAGGUGAGGGCCGAAAGUACUCAGUCACAACAAAUGAAGUUGAUUGAACUCAUACACACGAAAUGGGAGGAAUCCAGAAAAAAGAAGAAGAGUAUGUGUGACAAGAUACUUGGCGUGAAGCAGAAAGAGAAUAUGCCGCCUGUGGGUAUGGGCAUGCCGGUAGGAUAUCGCGAGUUAGAGAAUCAACUUGCCAAAGAAAGAGCGAAGGUAAAGACAUUGACAGAUCAGUUGUUAAUUCUGAAAGCUAAGACUGCCUCUGCAUCUGCACCUGCAUCGCCGACGACGCCGGAACGCGAAGGCAAAAAGAUGAAGAAUAUCACAGAGACUAGUAGUUCGUUACUUAGACAAUUAUCUCCGCAGAGAAUAGGACAUAAUAUUCCACAUAGAUUCAAUGUCGAAUUGCCCAUGCGUGCUGGAAAGUGUGCAACGUGUUCAGAGGCUAUACAGUUUGGAAGACGCGCCGCGACCUGUAGCGAGUGUCAAAUUAUGACGCACUUGGAGAAAUGUGCACUGUCUGUACCUGUAAAUUGUGGUUUACCGAGUGAUUUUCUUACAUACUGUCAUAAAUCUUUCAGAGACAGCGAUGAUAGCUUAUCGUCAAUCGGAGACAGCGUCCAGACUUUGGCGAUAGAUCAGCCAGACAAACCAGAUAUGGAUUUACAAAGUGCUCCUUGUAAAGAGAAUGAAGUUUCUAUGGAAGGAUGGGUAAAAAUUCCUGGUAGAGCCAAAUCCUGCUGGGAGAGAAAGUAUUUGAAAUUGGAAGGAUCAUGUUUGUGUGUCUACGAACAUCAACCAUGCGCAGGGAUGGCACCGAUCAGUCGUUUAAAUUUAUUAGAGAACAGUGGCUUUAAUGUGUCUGAGACAGUACAGAAUCCUGAUGUAUUAGGAACAGCAAAAUCCGACAUUCCAUUUAUCUUUAGAAUAGAAUCAAAUUCUGUCACGACUUGUUGGCCUUCUUCUAGAAUAGACAUUAUGGCACUGAACCAGGCCGAUAAGAGGAACUGGCUUAAAACUUUAAAGGUCGUUACUGGUCAAAAUUCAUAUCUUAUACAGAAAUAUAACAAGUAUCAAACUGUACUUAGAUUAGAAAAACAUCAGUUGGAUUUGAACUGUGUUGUGGAUCUGGGUAUGGAAAAUGUACUUUUGCUAGGUGCGAAAGAAGGCCUGUUUUCAUAUUGCCCUUCUAAAUCUCGAACGCUCACUACAAUACGCGGUAUUAAGCAGAUACACCAGCUCUCUCUACAUUUUCACCUGGAUUUGGCUUUAAUGAUAGCCGGCGAAUACAGAGAAUUAGUAUACUGCAACUUGAGGCUACUGAAGAAUAAUGCAUUGGCCGCCGAUUGUUCUAGACCGGCAAUCAGUACAAAAAGUGUAUUACCUAUGUCUGAUAGUUGUCAUCUUUAUCAAUUGCAAGGCGAAAUACUAUGCGCCGCAAUUACAUCCCAUGUGAUAUUACUGAAAUGGAAAAUCGGGGAAGACUCCGGGGAAUUUGUUAAACUUCGUGAGUUCGAGACACAAGAGCCUUGUAGUUGUGCUAUAUUUACGUCGAAUCUACUUAUUGUAGGUUGUAAUAAAUUCUUACAGAUUGAUCUGCAAACUUACAUCGUAAACGAAUUUCCUGAUGAAGACAAUAGCUCGAUUAAAGCGGCAAUUUCGGGUGCAGCUAAGGUUGGUAUAUUUCCUGUGUGUGUACUGAACAUCUCCAAUACGCACGGUAUAACAGAACUUCUAUUGUGCUACAAUGAAUUUGGUGUAUUUGUGGACGAAAACGGUAGAAGGACUCGCGCUGUUGAUCCAGUGUGGAAUCAUUUACCAUUCGCUUUUGCAUUCUGUAAACCAUACUUAUUCAUUAUUCAUUUCUCAUCUGUGGAAAUUGUGAAACUCGACGCCGAAGCAUACACUUCUUCAGAAAGAAAUCCUGAACGUAACUUAAUCGAAUUAUCUAGUCCACGUUAUCUAGGCACAGCUAGUUCAAGAGGAAUUUACGUAACCACUAUUAAUUCUUAUCUCGAAUUACUGAAGAUAGAUGGUUUUGUCAGUAUGCCAACAUUGAACAAUAGUUUAACAAGUCUCGAUACACUAGGUCAAGAAGAUGAAAGUAGUUCAGAAUUUAGUUUUACAUCAAGCUUAAUGGAGGCUUUAGAUGGCCAGGGAAAAAAAGUACAUUUCGCUGGAGUGCACAAGUGUUAAAAAAAUUUUGUACAAAAUUUUGGAUAUUGAUUUAACUUUAAUAUUAAUUUUUUACUUAAAAACUAUAUUUAUUAUUAUAUGUAUUAUAUAUCACAUAUAUGAUAGUAGUUACAAAGAAAAAUGAUGUUUGUAAAACUAAUAAGUUUGAAGCGGAAUAAUAUUUAAUUUAUAAUUAGUUGCUAUACUUCUUUAAUAGAAUUUAAACGCUUCAUUAAAAUGAACACAUGCAUAUUUUUAAUGAAGAUCUCAGAUACUUGCCAUAUUAUUAACUCUCUGACCAUAAAGUUUUUUUUGUACGUUAUUCUAUAUCCUCAUAAAUUAAUUUAUUGUUUAUUAAUACAUAAAUAAAUUUGUUUAGAUAAUUAUUAAAUGUACUUAUUUAUUUAUUCAUAAAUGCGUUUACAAUAUUUAUAAUGAUAUAUAUUAGAUGACAUUAAAAAAAUGCAUUAAAUGGAUUCUAAUGCAAUUUAUGUUGAAUAAAUUCAAUGCACCGGAAAUGAUCAGAGGGUUAAAGAUUAAAUAAUAUUUGACUUUAUUGCUUUAUUCUAGAAUAUGCUAGAAUUCUAAAUUUCAAAAUGUUCGUAAAUAAUAUCUUUUUUUUUUUUUUAAUACAAUUACGAUAAAUAUAGGGAGAACUUUUAUCUACAAACAAGGAAAAUAAUUACUUAUAUGAUUAUGUAAAUUAAUAUGGUAACGCAAAAUAAUAUAAUAUGUUUUUAUAUUAUUCUUCAUAUAUUAAAGACAAAUUUUUGUAUUUUUAUAUAGUUUAAUCUAAAACGAAUGUGAAGACAAUAAAGAUAUCUCUUAAUUACAGUAUAUUUUGCGAUUUAUGUCACUAUCUGUGUCUGAAUAAGUUAGUUGCACGUUAUAUUAACGCUUAGAAACCUUUUCUUAAUUUUCUUUUUUGUAAUUUUUUUAUUUGAAAAUUAUAACAAUUAUUGAAAAUAAAUAUUACAAAGUUAUUUAAAUAUUGUAAAAACAAAUCGUAAACAACUUAUAACUUACAUGAUAUUGCGAUAUACUCGUAUACGACGUACUUCAAUAUAAUAGAGGAUGUUAAUUAGAAGGCAAAUAUUAUGUAUUCUGAUGCGAUAUCCGGCCACCCUUGACUUCUGUGUCGUACGAUGUAGAAUAUUCAUUACACGAACGACAGGAAAAGAACAUUAUAAAUGAAUUUUUGUUCACAAUUUAUUACAACAGAAUUUAAUGUCAAACGGUACAUUUUGUUCAGUAAAAAAAAAAUAUAUGUAAAAGCGACACGUUAUAUAUGAAAAAUGUAAAAAAAUUAUAGAAUAUACAUAUAGACGCAAAACACAUUUGUGAAACUUAAUUUAAUAUUUUUAUUAUAAAUAUACGCAUAAGAUUGAGAAUUAUCGAUAUAAAUAAAGCAAUAAAUAUUAAUAUG